AUGCCGUCCCUGCAGAAUCUUUCCAGUAAAUUGCUGCUCAACGUGAUCAACAGACUUUGGGUGCACGACGUCAUGGCCUUGUCGCAGCAAAGCCGUGGAAUACAUGCUCUAUGUGAUGUGAAACAUCGUCAGAAAUACCACCUGAAGUUCGGCCGAGAGAAGCUACCGCAGACCCAUAAAGCUGUACUCCAAGCUGGCCUAGACACAUUACUUGCCAUCUUACGAUUUCCAUCCCUUGGAGAUAAUCUUCGUCGUGUGGACUUGUACGGAUCUGGAAUGAUCGAGUAUAUUUCUGACUCUUCCAUCCAAGAUUAUGUGCUUUCCCCCGAGGACAUCGACAGACUCAAGCAAGCAAUCCUAGGCGCCGGCUUCCAAGAUACACAGGAGCGCGAGUCAAUUUUAUCCAUGCUUUCACGAAACCCUGCUAAAUUCGAAUCUGAUUCAGACGAGGCAGCACUUCAGUUCAAAGAUGCUCUUAUUACGCUCUUAGUUGCAGCUGCCCCGAAUCUUGAAUUCAUUUCAAUGUAUCCAUUACUGGAAUACAUUCGAUCUCCAUCUACUGGGGAUUAUGAAAGGGUGAAUCUUCUCCAGAGAUUGCUAUAUCGGGCCUCUACGGGGUCGGUGCCAUACUGCCAAAAUCUACGAAAUUUCAGCUUCCACCCUGACGAUAAGCUCAACGAACGCGGCGACUACGUUGAAGACCCAUAUUAUCAUCGGCUUAAUAUGGUCCGUAAACUACCGGCUGUUGACUCGGUCGCUUUCAAGCUGGUAAUGUGGAGCAAUGAAGCCGGAAUACCGCCUCCUCCCCGUUCCGCCAACUACAGCAAGAUCAGCUUUACACAUUCUGUAAUGCAAAGUUGGGAUCUUUGCCGUAUCAUCGAAUCCCCCAAGACCUUGAAAAGUUUUACUUCCGCUAUCGGUGGUCGUCAAUACCCUGAAGGUGGCCACCCCGUGUUAUACGUGACUCCGAUACUCAAGUCCCUUUGGAUGCAUCGCCAGACUCUAGAAGAAUUGAAUCUGGAUAUGGAGAGCCAGACACCUCGACAAGAAUUGUAUGAUGAGGAAUAUCAAACCCAAGAAGGUGGGAUGACCGAAGAGGAGCAAGAAGAGUAUGAGGAGCAAUGGGCAGACGAGCUACAGGAGCUAGCCACCGUGGAAAUCACACCCGUGCGCGUCUCCCUGAAAGACUUUCCACGCCUCAAGAAUCUCAGUGUUGGAGCCCAUACGCUAUGCUAUCUAGCUCGAGGUGCAGGAGAUGGCAAGACGCAGCUUGACUCAAAGUCUUUCAAUCUUGUUGAUCAUAUCCCGUCUGCUGUUGAGUCUCUCCGGAUCUACGGGCUCGGAGAGCCCGUGGAUAGGAGUACCCCCUAUCUGGAUUACGAAUCUGAUCUAGAUGUCAAUGCCCAAAUUGAGCAACUGGCGCGUGAGAAAGAUGCCAAACUGCCAGGACUGAAGAUUGAAGGCGUUGAUCCUUGUAUUCCAAAUGGCAGGACUGUGGAUGAACAGGCGGAUGAAGAUGAUCUAGAACUUUUCUGGAAAGAUCCAGAUGACAACAGGUUUGAUGACGUUGGUGACGACGUUUGA